CCACCAGUCUGUAGAAACUGCCCGGAUUAGCAGCACACUGUUGCUCUGAGGGGAGCGUUUCUCUCGAAAUAAAUUCUGAAACAAAUCGAUUACAUUCGCGGUGCGGCGAUAGAAUUCAACCGGAAAUGUUUCAGCUUCUUUAAAGCUGCCAACGGGGGGAAAUGACAUUUGAACGGGGAGGUUUAGGACUGUGAUUACAGAGGGGGGUGAAGUGGACUGUAGCUGGCAGCGCUACCAGGAGAAACUGGAGUCGCAGCGAACUGAACUUUACUACUGUUUCAUCACAACAAAGGAGCAACAGUUUUACUUUUUAAAGCAUUUAUUCGACGUCGGGAUAUAUUUAAAGACUUGGAGGGGAACUGAAAUGCAAGGCGAGCCUAGCCGGUGUGUUUGCGUUGCUAAAGGACAUGGAGCUCAGACAGGCGCCGUCUGAAUAGCAUUGAUCCAGACUGUUCUGCCAGCCUCCCACACCCCGUUUAAUCAAGCCAACUAAAUGUAAAGGAUCCAUCGGUUUCAAGGUAUCAUGGAUAUUUUUCCUCGACCAAGCGGUGAAAUCCAGAGGAGGAACCCCCAGCAUGACUUUGAGCUCAUUCAGAGGGUGGGAAGUGGGACAUAUGGAGACGUGUACAAGGCACGAAACAUUCAAACAGGAGAGCUUGCUGCUGUCAAGAUUAUAAAGUUGGAACCAGGAGAUGAUUUUUCCAUAAUUCAGCAGGAAAUCUUCAUGGUGAAAGAAUGCAAGCACCACAACAUUGUGGCCUACUUUGGGAGCUACCUCUGCCGAGAAAAACUGUGGAUAUGUAUGGAAUACUGUGGAGGAGGAUCUCUGCAGGACAUCUAUCACGUAACGGGGCCUCUGUCCGAGCUUCAGAUUGCAUAUGUCUGCAGGGAGACCUUACAGGGUUUGGGAUAUCUGCACAUGAAGGGCAAGAUGCAUCGUGAUAUUAAGGGAGCGAACAUACUCCUAACGGACAAUGGAGACGUGAAGUUAGCUGACUUUGGAGUUGCUGCCAAAAUUACAGCUACCAUUGCAAAAAGAAAGUCGUUCAUUGGAACCCCUUACUGGAUGGCUCCUGAGGUAGCAGCAGUUGAGAAGAAUGGAGGCUACAACCAGCUGUGUGAUAUCUGGGCUGUGGGCAUCACGUCCAUCGAGCUCGCUGAGCUGCAGCCUCCAAUGUUUGACCUGCAUCCGAUGAGGGCCUUGUUUUUGAUGUCCAAGAGCAGUUUCCAGCCUCCUAAGCUAAAAGACAAAAACAAAUGGUCUGCUGCUUUCCAUAACUUUGUGAAAGUCUCUCUAACAAAGAACCCAAAGAAGCGGCCGACUGCAGAGAAACUUUUACUGCAUGUCUUUGUGGCUCAGACUGGGUUGACAAGGAGGCUUGCAGUUGAUCUGCUUGAUAAGAUGAACAACCCAGACAACCACCAACAUUUCAGUGAAGUGGAUGAUGAUGACAUCGAGCCUCUGUCCGUGGUCAGACACACCAUCCGUUCCACCAACAAACACCCAAAGGUUGAGAGGACCCGCUCUGAGAUCGACUCAAACAAUGGAUCAGGCCUCGAGCGUCCAAUCUCAGGUCCUAGUGACUCUGAGGGACACAGGGGGGAUGCAGUUGACAAGGUCCAGUUUCAGGCACCUCUUCUCCCGAAAGAAACCGAAGCUCAUGUUGAAAUGGAUGUGAAUAAAGAUAAUGACUUCCCUUCCCCAUGGAGCCCCUUUGCAGAUGGAGGAAUAACAACCAGGAGCCUUCUCAAAAGCGUUGAGGAUGAAUUGUUCCAACGUGGACACAUCGCCCAUCUGGAAGAUGCCACUGAAGAAGUUGAGCUGUCGACACUUAAACCAGGUGUACCUCCUCCUCUCCCUCCAAAGCCACGAAUAAACACAUCAUCUCAGGAGCUUGGACUGAACGAGGAGAGGUCUCUGACAGUUCGUAGGUUCCCAAACUCUGAAAACGGACCGAGCCAGGCCAUCCGCAGACAGAGCACACCUGAUCAGGGCCACAAGGUGGAGCAUUCGUCAUCUGACUUCCUGUCGGCGAGCGUCAGCAGCCCUGGCUUCUUAUCGCAUGCCUCUGACCCUGCUCCAAUUAAAUGUGAGUAUAAAGAUUAUGAUUCAGAUGGAAGCGUAAAUGGAGGAAGUCCUACACCAACGCCACACCGGAAGGAGAAAAAGGAGUUCCCGAAACCAGCAAUAAACGGUCUGCCACCCACUCCUAAAGUACUGAUGGGAGCCUGUUUCUCUAAAGUGUUUGAUGGCUGUCCGCUGAAAAUCAACUGUGCCACGUCUUGGAUUCAUCCAGACACUAAAGAUCAGUACCUGAUCUUUGGAACAGAGGAUGGCAUCUACACACUAAAUCUUAAUGAGCUGCAUGAGGCAACAAUGGAGCAGCUUUUCCCAAGGAAGUGCACAUGGCUGUAUGUUAUCAACAACAACCUGAUGUCCCUGUCUGAAGGGAGAUCUUUCCAGCUGUAUUCUCACAAUCUGAUCGGGCAGUUCGAGCAGCUGAAGAAGCCUGGCCUCGCGGCUCAGUUUCAGACGCACCGCUUCCCAGACAAAAUUUUGCCCAGGCGCUUUGCCCUGACAACAAAGAUCCCCGACACAAAGGGUUGUCAUAAAUGCUGCAUAGUGAGAAACCCUUAUACAGGCCAUAAGUACCUGUGUGGGGCUCUUCAGUCCGGCAUUGUCCUGUUGCAGUGGUACGAGCCCAUGCAAAGGUUUAUGCUCAUCAAGCACUUUGACUUCCCUCUUCCCAGCCCGCUCAAGGUGUUUGAAAUGUUGGUGGUCCCAGAGCAGGAGUACCCUCUGGUGUGUGUCGCCAUCAGUGAGGGUACAGAGCAGGGCCAGGUGGUUCGCUUUGAGACCAUCAACCUCAACUCUUGUUCAUCCUGGUUCACAGAGAUGGGAACAAAUAAUCAGCAAGUGGAUGCAAUCCAUGUCACUCAGCUGGAGAGAGACACAGUGUUGGUGUGUUUAGACCAAAAUGUAAAGAUUGUUAAUCUUCAGGGCAGACUGAAGUCCAACAAGAAGCUGGCCUCUGAGCUCAGCUUCGACUUCUGCAUUGGAGCUGUUGUGUGCCUUCAGGACAGCGUCCUGGCCUUCUGGAAGCAUGGUAUGCAGGGAAAGAGCUUCAAGUCCAAUGAGGUGACUCAGGAGAUCUGUGACCCAAGCAGAGUUUUCCGCCUCCUGGGAUCCGACAGGGUGGUCGUUCUGGAGAGCCGACCAACAGACAACUCGACGGCUUUGAGCAACCUUUACAUUUUAGCCGGCCAUGAGAACAGUUACUGAUCCUCAGAAGCUCAACGGCUUCUUCUUGGAGAAGGAAAGAAGAUUCCACAGUUUUUGGGAGUUUUAGACCUACGUCUGAACUUUGUAAAGGGAAACAAUUACUGGGAGCUUAUAUGGAUUAAAACGGAUCCACCGGUCAGUAUACCAGGAGCUUCUUCAGUGCGGAUCCGUUAGUAGCCUUACAACAGCAGGAUGUUCAGCGUAGCACAACUUAACACAAGAAACAGGGAAACCGGCGGGAGCUGGAAGUGGAGAAACAAAUGUUACAGAGUACCUUACCGCUUUCUCACUUCUCUGUACUGUGAACAAACUGUCUACAGGUAUUAUUGACUAAAGUGCCAUUAAAAUUCACACCCAUGGUGAUUCUAUUAGAAGCAUUGGGAGAUCAAAUAGUUUUUGUGGUUUUAACACGUCACACAUAAUCCUUAAUAGUGACAGAUACCAAAAGGCUCAAGAGAAAUAUUACACACUUUGUAGCCAAAAGUCGAUAGGUUGUUUUUUAAGGAAACCCUUGAGCCUUGUAGGUUAUUUAAGCAAUAUUUAUUAACCUCAUCUUUAGUUCAUUGGGAAUGUUUGGUUUCCAGACGGUCAGAGUUUUACGCUGCAUCAGGAUUAACUACCUAGUGAACAGUCCCUGAUUAGCUGUGGGAUAUUUUUAUCGACGUGUGAUAUAGUUGCAUCUCCUGCUCUGUCGCAUUUUUUAGUACUUGGAUAAAAUGUACAUGUUUUUUUUUUUUUUUCUUCACUCUUUUCUUUUAUAGACAUUUUACUACUCUUGCACCAUUUAAGCACUUUUGUACAUUAUUUUUAUUUAAAAUAAAAUGACAGGGGGACAGUGCUAGGUUUUAAUAACAUCUCUGCAUUCCCUUCGCAAAAUGUUUAAUAUGUACUUUUUGUAAUAAAAAAGCUUUUAACAU